AUGUGUGUUCGAAGAAAACCGAUGAACGACAGUAUUCGUAAUGGCAUGACAAUGGUGAAGCACAGAAUUCGCAAUGUUACGAUAAUGCAACAAUUCCAUGUACUCUCACAUGAUUUAGAUUCCUGUUUACAUUCUUGUCAUUUAAUCACUUGCAGAGAACCAACUUGUACCACAUCUGGUUAUAAAUACGACCCAUCAGCUGGAUGUUUCCGUGUUGUUAAGAGAAUUAUUUCUACAGCCGAUGCCAAACAAGAGUGUAUUAGAGAUGGUGGCAGUCUAUUGUUGGUUAAUUCUGAAGAAGAGGGAGAUGUCCUAACAAAAGAAUUGCAGGCUCAGAACUUGGUUGGUGCCUUAGUUCAAGGCUCUAGGAGCAACGCUGCUGAUCCCUGGAAGGAUGAUAACGGUAAUCUCCUACCUUAUACCGGAAGUGGCAUCAUAAGCAACAACGUGAAUGCAAAUACAGUGAUGGGUUACGUGCAAGGAAACAGAUUUGUAGCAACUGACCCUAAUUCGGACGUAAUUGGAUUUAUAUGUGAAACCCCUGUUACCUACAUAUAAUAUUUGUCAAAAGGUUUUGAGAUUUAUAGAUAACCA